AUGGUCUCGGAUUAUAGACCGAUAGCGCUGAGUAACGUGGUGUACAGGAUUAUGGCUAAGGUUAUAACUGCCAGGAUGAAACCACUUAUGGGGGAUAUUAUAUCUGACACCCAAAGUGCUUUUAUAUCUGACAGGUUAAUAACAGAUAAUAUUUUGAUUGCUGCCGAGGUCGGACAUUUUUUGAACAGAAAACAAUGUGGAAUCACAGGAUGGGGGGCUUUGAAACUGGAUAUGGCAAAAGCCUAUGACCGGAUGGAAUGGCCCUUCUUGCGUAAUAUGAUGUUAGCAUUGGGUUUUGAUGAAAGGUGGGUGGAAUUGAUAAUGCUGUGUGUGACCUCAGUUUCAUAUACUAUACAGGUUGGUGGAACACGAGGUGACCAGAUCACGCCGACUCGUGGAUUGAGGCAGGGUGACCCACUGUCACCUUAUCUCUUUAUUAUUUGUGCUGAGGGACUUUCAUUACUGCUACAGCAGGCACGGUUGAGAGGAGAUCUACAUGGGUGUAGAGUAGCUAGGGGAGCCCCCCCUAUAUCCCACUUAUUUUUUGCAGAUGAUAGCUUACUCUUUUUUAGAGCAACUGCGCAGGAGGCCAGUGUGGUAAAACAGUGUUUAUCGGUGUAUGAGGAAAUGUCUGGGCAAGCAGUAAAUUACUGUAAGUCAAGCAUUUGCUAUAGUAAGAAUACGCGGGAUGAGCACAGAGAGGAGGUUGCCAGUAUCUUGGGAGUGGUUCAGGCUCCGAAUUUUGGGAAGUAUUUGGGACUUCCAUCAUUUGUGGGCAGGAAUAGGAGAGCAGUUUUCUCAUAUAUUGAUGAUAAGAUCAGACAGCGGAUUGGGUCAUGGAAUAAGAAGUUGCUUUCACAGGCAGGUAAGGAGGUCUUGUUGAAAAGUGUGGCACAAUCUAUGCCCACCUUUUCUAUGAGUGUCUUUUUACUACCUAUGAAUAUCUGCACAGCCAUUGAGCGAACUAUGAAUCGUUACUGGUGGAGAUCUAAGGAUGAUCAGGGUAUCCAUUGGAAGGCAUGGGAUAAAUUAUGCAUCCCUAAGAAAUAUGGGGGAUUGGGCUUUAAGGAAUUGCAUGCCUUUAAUUUAGCUAUGUUGGGGAAACAGGCCUGGCGGUUACUCACCAAACCUGACUCAUUGGUUUCCAGAAUUUUUAAAGCCAGAUACUAUCCUAAAGGGACAUUCUUUGAUGCUUGUGUAGGGAAUAACCCAAGUUACUGCUGGCGAAGUAUUAUGGCAGCACAGGGACUAAUUUGUGGAGGAGUUAGACGCAGGAUUGGGAAUGGAAAAGAAACUCUAAUAUGGGAUCAUCCAUGGCUUCAGGAUGAAAAUAAUGCGAAAAUAAUAACCGAGAAACCACCAUACUUGGCGCAGGCAACUGUUAUGGGAUUGAUAGAUCAGGAAACGGCGGCAUGGGAUCAUGAUAUUUUAACUGAUAUUUUCAUUCCGGAGGAUGUGACACGAAUACUGAAGAUACCUGUGUCACCGGAUUAUGAGGAUAUGUGGUAUUGGUAUGGUGAUAUAACAGGUGAAUACUCGGUUAAAAGUGGUUACAGGCAAAUAGUGGGGAAUUAUGUUCAAGCAACAGGGAUGUUUGACAAGUGGCCUAAGUUAUGGAAGCUCAAAGUACCCCCGAGAUGGAAAACAUUUUUAUGGAGAGCCUUGAAUAAUAUAUUGCCCACAACAACGAACCUCAUUAUAAAGAGAGUGGAGAUUAGCCCAACAUGUGCUAUGUGUGGGAUUAUGCAUGAGGAUGUUAUGCACUCUUUGGUUAGAUGUGAUUAUACAAAGAACAUUUGGGCACAAUCUCACCUUCCAAUCCCCAAUACUAUCACAGAUAUUUUCCAUGUUUGGUUUAACGAGUUAUUAAAUAUUCUAGAUGAUGAUGGAAUUAUUUAUGCAGUGGGCCUGUUAUACUAUAUAUGGCGAGCAAGGAAUGGAGCUGUGUGGGACGUAUACUUACCCAGACCACAAAAGAUAAUUGUAACUGUAACCGCAGCGAUCCGGGCAUGGCAAAUUGCACACCCGGACCGCCCGCAACACCAACGGACUCAGCGUGGAUGGACCACGGCAAUCUCCGAGCAGCGCCAGGGAGUGGAACUGCAGCAUGCUGCUGUGCCGACCGCAACUCACACGGCUGCCUCCCCACGAAACAAAUGCUAUUUUGAUGCAGCCUUUUUCCAAGCCACAAAUAAGGCUGCUGUUGGAGCAAUUAUCCUAGACGAACAGGGAUCGUAUAUCUCAGCUUUACAGGCGCCAUUGAUAGACUGCUUCUCCCCGCUUAUGGCUGAAGCAAUUGCAUGUAAAGAAGUGUUAUCUUGGUUAUGGGAUCGUGGAGAGAGAUCGGUAGACAUCCUAACGGAUUGUCUGUCACUACAACAAUAUUUAUCACGUGCGAAGGAUACACCACGUUCGUACCUCGGCUAUGCCAUUGACUCCUGCAAAAACCGGAUGGUUUCCUUUGAUUAUGUUUCAGUUAAUUUUGUUCCUAGAUCAGAUAAUUGCUUAGCACAUGUUUUAGCCACUUCGGCCUUUAAUUAUUCAGCACCUAUGUACUCGGACUCUGGUCCGCCAGUCUCUAUUUCAACGUAUUUCCAAUAA